AUGGCGAACGACGCAGAGGCGGUGGACUUCGAGCCGGAGGAGGACGAUUUGAUGGACGAGGAUGGAGCCGUCGACGUCGACGCCUCCUCGCCGCGGGCGCCGCAUCCCAAGCUGAAGUCCGCGAUUACCGGCGGCGCCACCACUUCGGUUGCGCCGAAGAAGACUAAAGGCCGAGGGUUCAGGGAGGAAGCUGACGCCGAGCGGCAGAGUCGCCUGGCUGGGCGUGACUUCGAUUCACUCGGCACGGAAGGCGGUCCUGGUGCUCAAAGAUCCAUUGAAGGAUGGAUUGUUUUGGUUACUGGUGUGCAUGAAGAGGCGCAAGAGGAUGACUUGCAAAAUGCUUUUGGUGAGUUCGGAGAGAUUAAAAAUCUGCAUUUGAAUCUCGAUCGUCGUACUGGUUUUGUUAAGGGAUAUGCGCUGAUUGAAUAUGAGAAGUUUGAGGAAGCACAGGACGCUAUUGCUUCAAUGAAUGGAGAUAAAAUACUUGAACAGACUGUCAGUGUUGAUUGGGCUUUCUGCAAUGGACCCAGCACUGGUCCUUUCAAGAGAAAGAAUGCAAGGAAUGCACGAACGCACCGUUCAAGGAGCCCGAGGAGGCGAUACUAG